AUGACCUGGAAAAUUGAUUUGUCUAAGGCAUAUGACAAAUUAAAUUGGAAGUUUGUUGAGCAUGUGUUAGUGGAGUUGGGGUUACCUUGUCCUAUAACUAAAUUGAUUUUGAGUUGUGUAUCUACUGUGAUGUAUCAAAUUUGCAUGAAUGGUGAGCUUACUAAUCAUUUUCUUCCUAAGAAUGGCAUUAGACAAGGAUACCCUUUACCUCAUUAUCUCUUUGUGAUGUGUAUUGAGAAGCUAUCUCAUCUUAUUUUUGAUUCUGUUAACAAAGGAGUUUGGAAACCAGUUAAGUCUUCACAAUCUGGCCCAACUGUGUCUCAUUUAUUCUUUGCAGAUGACCUGGUUCUUUUUGAUGAAGCUAAUUCUACUCAAGCUAGGGUGCUAAAGAGUUGUUUGGAGAGGUUCUGUAGUGCUUCUGGGCAAACAGUGAAUUAUGAUAAAUCUGUUAUUUUCUGCUCACCAAAUAUGAGUAAGGAGACAACUAAGGAGGCCCUCUUGGCUAAAGUUAGGUGGAGAUUACAUAAAAACGACAAGGGCUUAUGGGCUAAGAUUUAUGAGUCAAAAUAUCUUAAAGGGAAGUAUGUCUUAGAUUCUUCUUUGAUGAUCAGACAAGAUUGUUCUACCACUUGGAAGGGUGUUAUGUAUGGGGUGGAGUUGUUAAGGCAGGGAAUGGUUUGGAGGAUUGAUAAGUGGUGGGAUCUGGAUAAAUUAAGAAGAGCUUUAACUGAAGAUCUUGUUCAACAUAUUGUUAACUAUCCUAUUUUUGCUAGGCUUAUUGCUCAAGGUAAAAUUCUAUCCAAUGAGCAAAAAGUUAGAAGACAACUGACAUUUGAUGCUUCUUGUGGUGUUUAUGAGUGGCCUAUUGAAACUACAUUACAUCUUCUUCGUGAUUGCUAUAAGGCUAGAGGGGAUGAAGAUGUGCUUUUUGAUCCUAAACAACUUAUUGUUCGUACUGUCCAUGAGUGGUUUGAGGCUUCUCAUAUAUUGAGUAAGGAUAAUCAUAAAGUUCAUGUUGAUCUAAAGUGGGAACCUCCUAUUUCUGGUCAGUUCAAGUUAAAUGUUGAUGGGUCAAGGAGGAAUGGCUAUGGACAUAUUGGUGCUGGAUAUUUGAUUAGAAGUUUCUCUAGAGAUUGGGUCAUUGGUUUUGCUGUGAACAUGGGGAAUGGGCAAAUUAUUGAGGCAUAA